AUGCAAACCUCCCAGAAAACCCCCUUCUCCGACUCGUCGGACUCGCACUCGUUCAACGAUGAGGCCAACCACGGCACCAACAAUGGAGGCAGUCCCGCCCCAGCACAAGCGCAGGCCCCACCGUAAGUCGAGCACAUCUGGAAGACGGUUCAUAAUACUGGGAAGCACUCAAAGUCUAUGCCAAGGACGUGUACGAACUACGCGAGACGAUAACAAGCCUAUCGCCUGAGGAGCUUGCGCCGAUGACGAAGGCUACGCUGCCCUGCCCGAUGGUGGGUGGCCCCCGGUGAUGGGUGGCCCAGGAACAUCCACAACCCAGAAGCCGCCGUCUGGAGCCCCACUGCUGCCUCGCACCCACUGCAGCCGGCGUCUCUCCGCGAUGGUCAAAUCGAACUGACCUUUCUCUGCUGCACCGUAUGGAAACAGACGAAUCAUCACUGUCCAGCCCCUUUCGAGGAGUGACAUGCAGACUUCGUACGCUCAGGUGAGUGAGACCAACGGGCCCCCCGAGAGUGAAGGCUCGGCGUCCCUUGGCGCGCGCAAUGUCGGGGCCGUAGAGGGAGCCAUCGAGUCACGCUUGCUGACGUCGCUGCUGUUUGCAACCACAGGACAUGGGCACCGGAUCUCUCGACCAUGAUUGCUAUGGAUCGGUCCUCAACUUUUGCGGUGUCAUCGUCGGCAACUGCGGCACGAUUCCCUGCUGCCCGGCCCCCAACAUUUACAAGGUCCGUUCGCUCCCCUUAUGCCAGUGUGUGGCGUGCAUCUUUGCUGAAUUGCCGGCCUGCUCUCUGUAUCUUACAGCAAGUCGGCCAGGGAUCGGUCGGUCUCAUCACUCGUUUCGGACAGUUCUACAAGUCCGUCGACCCCGGGUUGGUCAAGGUCAACCCUUUCACGGAGAGGCUUCGCAUUGUCGAUGGUGCGCGAUCCUGCUUGAGUCAAUCGCGGGUGAUUUGCUAAUCCAUAGCCUUGCCGGCCAACAGUCAAGAUCCAAAGUAUCCCGAUCCCACGUCAAGUAAGAAUAUGCUAUGAUGAGAGUGUGGUAGCGUUUUAUUUGCUUGCUUAUUUGAUAUCAUUCCGUUUCGACCCCUUUACAGAACGUCACGACUCGCGACAACGUCUCGGUCGACUUGGACUCGGUCAUGUUCUACCACAUUGUCUCCCCCUUCCGCGCCGUUUUCGGCAUCGCCGACGUGCGCAACGCCCUGAUGGAGCGUGCUCAGACAACGCUUCGACAUGUGAUCGGCUCUCGCACGCUGCAGUCGUUGUUGACGGAUCGAGAAGCCGUCGCAUCGGAGAUUGAGAGCAUCGUGAGUCACCAGACAAAAUUUCGCUCUGCCAGGCGAACGGGAUGGAUUCAACUAACCACAUGGCAUGCGAUAUUUCGUAGGUUGAGGGUGUUGCCGAAGCUUGGGGUGUCAAGGUCGAGUCGAGUGAGUAUUCGGCGCCAACUUGAAUAGGGCCUCGCGCGCCAUCGUUGCUGAUGAUCCUAAUUUACAGUCUUGAUCAAGGAUAUCCUUUUCUCCUCCGAACUCCAAGCAUCUUUGUCCUCGGCCGCCCAAGCCAAGCGCGUUGGUGAAGCCAAGAUCAUCGCUGCUCGUGCCGAAGUUGACUCGGCCAAGUUGAUGAGGGAAGCUGCCGACAUCUUGAGCUCGCCUGCUGCCAUUCAGAUUCGCCAACUCGUGAGUGAACUCGGUUGUUCGCCAUUCUUAAAGGGCGUAUGUUGAUGCAUAAUGUCUCCAAUUUUGACGCUUAAUAGGAGGCUUUGCAACAAAUGGCUCGAUCGUCGCAGGCCAAGGUGAGCUUUUCAUCGCUGUCCUCAGUCGCAGGCAUGAGCUGAUCUCGAUGGCGCCGUCCCCUCCAGACCAUCUUUGUCCCCAUGAACCUCUUCGGCAACGGAGCAGCGGAUACGGCAAGCGUCGCGGGACCAUCGGGCUUGAACAACACGGCCAUGAUUAACCACCUCGCCGACAGUUGA